GUGUGCUGUUUCAUUCCAUUUUCUAGGGCGCCAAACACACCCUUUCCCAAAAAAUAAAAAAGAAUAAGGGAAAAAGGAAAAAUCAGGGAAAAGGUUUUCCAUGGAAAAAAAGGACAGGUGUGAAAGCCCUCACAGAUAAAACCCCUCAUUUGCUUACUCCAUUUGGGCCUCUCUCUCUAAUCUCAUCUUCUUCUAUUCCCACACUCUACAAAGGUAGACAUUUGCAGAGAUGUUUUUGGUAUAAUGAGCAGAGGGUUUGAUUUCUUCUUCGCAGAAGAAGAUGGCCCUGCAAGAACAAGAGACUCUGUCGCAGAACGCUCCAUUCUUUCUUGAUGGUCUCUACUGUGAAGAAGAGCGUUUUGGGGACGAUGAUGAUGGGGAAGUAGAAGAAGCGAGCGAGAUUGAGAAAUGUGACCGUGAGAAAAAACAAUCUCUUUUUCCUUUGACAUUGCUUGAACACGACCUGUUUUGGGAAGAUGAUGAACUUUGCUCUCUAAUCUCAAAAGAAGAACAGGCCCAUCAUUGUUACAGUGGCAUAAUCUCAGAUGGGUUUUUAACGGUGGCUCGUACAAAGGCUGUUGAGUGGAUGCUGAAGGUCAAUGCUCACUAUGGGUUUUCUGCUCUGACUGCAGUUCUUGCUGUUAACUACUUUGAUAGGUUUCUAUCGAGUUCGUGUUUUCAGAGAGAUAAGCCCUGGAUGAGUCAACUCGCUGCUGUCACUUGUCUCUCUUUGGCUGCAAAGGUGGACGAGACCGAUGUUCCUCUUCUCUUGGACCUGCAGGUGGAGGAGACAAAAUAUGUGUUUGAAGCGAAGACGAUUCAGAGGAUGGAACUUCUGGUGCUUUCUACUCUUCAGUGGAAGAUGAAUCCAGUGACCCCAAUUUCGUUUUUUGAUCACAUUAUAAGGAGGCUUGGAUUGAAGACCCACUUGCAUUGGGAGUUUCUGGAGAGGUGUGAGCGCCUUCUCCUCUCUGUCAUUGCUGAUUCGAGGUUCUUGUGCUAUCUUCCUUCCACCUUAGCUACUGCAACCAUGCUGCAUAUAAUCACAGAGGUUGAGCCUUGUAAUCCAUUGGAAUACCAGAAUCAGCUCCUGAGUGUACUCAAAAUCAGUAAGGACGAUGUGGAUGACUGCUAUAAACUUAUCCUGGAAUUUUUGGGUAGCCAUGGGCAUACCCAAAACCAGACCCACAAGCGCAAGCAUCUGUCCCUGCCCAGCAGCCCAAGUGGCAUCUUUGAUGCGCCCUUUAGCUGUGAUAGCUCCAGUGAUUCAUGGGCUGUGGCGACAUCAAUUUCAUCGUCUUCCCAGCCUCUUUUCAAAAAGAGCAGAGCCCAGGACCAGCAGAUGCGACUUCCUUCACUGAAUCGGGUGUCUGUUGAUGUGCUUAGCAGCCCUCGUUAAUGUCCCGGUCUUGUUAUCUAAUCUACUAUUACCCGUGGUAUUUAUACAUUCUCACUUUUGCGCAUUAUUCGCAGUAUGUUCUUAAAUGUGCAAUCAUAUUGCCUUUCAUGAUGCAUCAUUGUAUUUGUAGCCAAACCCAUGAGAUGAAUUGGACAGGAACUGAGUUCCACUUCACUUGCUUCUACAGUUGGAGGUCGCUGUUGAAAUUUUGGAUGGAGUUUUUUUCUUAUAUUUGCAUAUGUAGUAUCUCUCCUUCCAGCAUCCUCAAAUCUUUCUGAUAUGAACUUGUUACAUUGAAUAUGAAUCCAAAGGUAUCCUUUUUUCUGUA